ACUGUAGCGAUUUACCUGGUGAAGAGGAACAUCCGCAAGAAAGGGGGUCUGGAGCCUUAUGAGCAGGUGAACUAUGACCACAUGCACCAGUGGCUCAACCACAAGUGGGAUUUCAUCGUGAUGCAGGCCACUGAGCAGUACAAGGCAGGAAAGGAGAGGAUGAAGCCAGAUCGCGUGGUCUUUGACUGUCAAGAGAGGGCGUACUGGGUGGUGAACAGGCCACCACCUGGAACGCACUCUGCUUUGGUCACUGGAGUGGAUCGUCUUAUUGAUCCCAACGACGACGAGAAAAUCACCUUCGACCUCUUCAGGCGGAUGAUCAUAUUCUAUCAACAAGCAGUCAUGAGGUCAAAGGUCAAAUCCAGUGUUUCCCUGGGAGCACUGGUGAAGUAUGUCACAACCUACAAAAACCAUGACCCGUUCCUGGCUCCCUGUCUACCCAGCAAUCCCUGGCAAACCGACAACCAUACAUACUGGACUCUCAACAUGAGAAGAGUUGAAGUUCCUACUAAGAUGCGAGUCGAGCGUUGGUCCUUCAGCUUGUUUGAGCUUCUCAGCGAUCUGCGUGGACGAGACGACUUCAAGGUCUUUCUCAAGAAGGAGUUUAGUGGUGAGAACUUGGCUUUUUGGGAAGCAGCUGAAGAACUAAAAUGGGGAACUGCAUCAUCCAUGUCAGCAAAGGCAGAAAGCAUCUUUAAGAUGUUUCUAGCACCAGGUGCUUCCCGCUGGAUCAACAUUGAUGGCAGAACCAUGGGUCUGACAGUGAAAGGCCUGGAACAUCCUCACCGCUGUGUCCUGGAUGUAGCGCAGACACAUGUCUUCUUGCUUAUGAAGAAGGAUACUUUUUUCCGCUAUCUCAAGUCUCCAGUGUACAAGGAGAUCCAGAAGAAGGCACAGAACCCGGAGCCGCACAACUUCAGUGCAGCCCAACUGGACCAAAAUGCCAAAAACCGAACUCCAGGCAUCCAUCCCAUCAUCCUGUGGAAGCAAGAGGAAGAGGAGAAGAUCAAGGCCGCCGCUACCACGGCGCCGGUCGACAUCAAAGCCGUGAUGAGCAAAAUCGACAGGAAAAAGUAGAGACACACAACAGCAACUUAUGUGUGUGUCUGUCAAACGAGCAACUCCAGCUCCACCAAUGACGACAGUUCACAAGGUUGUGUGAAGAGCAAACAGACAGACAUACAACACAAUAUAAACAACACUAACACUGCACACAGACACACAACAAUAUAAACAGCACACGAGACAAAAAACAUAAUAUAAACAACACUAACAC